AUGAACACCACUGAGAUCUCUUUUGGGAUCGUGAUGCUAUUCCAGGUCAUCCUUGGGGUCUCAGUGAAUGUGUUCCUCCUUUUAUUUUAUACCCGCAUGGUUUCCACCAGCCCCAAGAUCAGCUCCUCCGACUUGAUCCUCGGUCACUUAGCCUUGGCCAACACCAUAAUUCUCCUGACCAAUGCAACCCCAGAGACCAUGUCUGCUUGGGGCCUGAGAAACUUCCUGGGAAAUGUUGGAUGUAAAAUCUUCUUUUAUCUUUAUCGAGUGGCACGGGGUCUGGCCAUCUGCACCACCUGCCUCUUGAGUGUCUUCCAAGCCAUCACCAUCAGUCCUGGCACCUCCCAAUGGGCAGGCAUCAAAGCUAAAUUACCCAAAUGCAUACUCCCUUCCUGUGUCCUCUCUUGGAUUAUUAAUCUUCUCACAGAGUUUGAUACAGUGAUGAACAUGACAGGCCCUCAGAAUGGCAGCACAGUUAGAAUCAUUUUGGACCUCAAAUAUUGCUCUAAAGUCAGCAAAAGUGAAGAAAUCGCCCUGGUCAUUGCGACUGUGCGUUCCCUCCGGGAUCUCUCCAUCGUGGGGCUCAUGAGCCUGGCCAGCAUCUACAUAGUAUUUCUCUUGCACAGACACCACAGGCAGGUCCAGCACCUUCAUGGACCCAGACACUCUCAAAGGGUGAUGCCUGAGGUCAGAGCGGCAAAGAGAGUCGUUGUCCUGGCUACUCUUUAUGUCCUCCUCUAUGGACGACAGACAAUCAUGCUAAGUAUUUUGCUAAACAUGAAAGAAAGUGCUCCUCUACUGGUCAGCAGUCACAUGAUUUGGUCACCCACCUUCUCAGUCAUUAGUCCAUUCUUGAUGAUUCAGAGUGACAGGAGACUGAAAAUCUUCGGGAAAACAGAAUCUCCUAGGGUUCCAAGGAAGCUUUCUGUCCACCCACUCAAACCUACUGGGGUAAGAUGA